AUGCUCAGCCCCAUCCCGGGGUGGGACUCCCGGGGGAUUCCCCUGCGCGGGCGGGCGGGGCCGGGGCCGAGCCCCCUCCCCGGGACAGCCCGGGCUCCUCCCGCGGGCGGCGGAGCGGCGGGGCCGGGGCGCGGCGGCGGCGGGAUGGAGGGUCCCCGGGGCCGCUCCCGGUGCCGGUGCCGGUGGCUGCCCUGGGUCGCCCUGCGGCUGCUCGCGGUCGCCGCCUUCAACCUGGACGGCAGCAGCCCCGUGCUGAAGGACGGCGAGCGGGGCAGCCUCUUCGGGGCCGCCGUGGCACUGCACCGGCAGCUUAGCCCCGAACCGGCGGGCUGGCUGCUGGUGGGGGCCCCCCAGGCGCAGGCGCUGCCCAGCCAAGGUGCCAACCGGACCGGGGGGCUCUUUGCCUGCCCGCUGACCCCCGAGCUCUCCGACUGCUGGCGGGUGCCCAUCGAUGAGGGAGUGGACCCGCAGCGGGAGAGCAAAGAGAACCAGUGGCUGGGGGUGAGCGUGAAGAGCCAAGGAGCCGGAGGGAAGAUCGUGACCUGUGCCCACCGGUACGAGGUGCGGCACCGGGUGCGGCAGCCGCUGGAGACGCGGGACGUGAUCGGGAGGUGCUUCGUGCUGAGCCAGGACCUGCGGGUGCGGGACGAGCUGGACGGCGGCGAGUGGAAGUUCUGCGAGGGGCGGCCCCAGGGCCACGAGCGCUUUGGCACCUGCCAGCAGGGCCUGGCGGCCGCGUUCAGCCCCGACCGCCGCUACGUCCUGCUCGGGGCCCCCGGCACCUACAACUGGAAGGGGACCCUGCGCGUGGAGCAGCUCAACCAGAGCUCUCUGGACCUGCUGCGCCCGGACGCCGGUCCCUUCGAAGCGGGGGGGGAGAAGGACCAGGACCCCUCGCUCAUCCCCGUGCCCGCCAACAGCUAUUUCGGGCUGCUCUUUGUGACAAACAUUGAGAGCGCUGCCCCCGACCAGAGGGUCUUCCGGACCCCCCAGCCCGGCGAGAGGGUCCCCGGCGCCGCCCCAGACGUGGCCCACAAUAGCUACAUGGGGUUCUCAGUGGACUCGGGCGCGGGGCUGACGCGCCGGGGGGGGCUGAGCUUUGUCACCGGCGCCCCCCGCGCCAACCACACCGGGGCUGUCGUGAUCCUGCGUCGCGACAGCGCCAACCGCCUGGUGCCCGAGGCGGUGCUGCCCGGGCCGCAGCUCAGCUCGGCCUUCGGGCACGCCCUGGCCGUGCUCGACCUCAACAGCGACGGGUGGAUGGACCUGGUGGUGGGGGCCCCCCACUUCUUUGAGCGCCAGGAGGAGAUCGGGGGGGCUGUUUAUGUUUACAUCAACCCCGGGGGGCUCUGGGAUGCUGUGACCCCCCUGAGGCUCAACGGCACCCGGGGGUCCAUGUUCGGCACCGCCCUGAGCACGGCCGGGGACCUCAACCAUGACGGCUUUGAGGACCUGGCCGUGGGAGCCCCUUUCGACGGUGCCGGCAAAGUGUUCAUUUACCACGGGAGCGCCCUGGGCAUCGUGGCCAGGCCGGCCCAGGUCCUGGACGGGGAAGCCGUGGGGGUCCCAACCUUCGGGUAUUCCCUGUCGGGGGGGCUGGACGUGGAUGGGAACCUGUACCCCGACCUGCUGGUGGGGUCCCUGUCCGACACCGUGGUGCUCUACAGGGCCCGCCCGGUGGUCCACGUGUCCCGGAACGUGUCGCUGCUGCCCCCCACCAUCGACCUGGAGCAGAGCAACUGCCACCACUGGGAGGGCGUCUGCGUGGAGGUCCGAGCCUGUUUCAGCUACACGGCCAGUCCUGCGAGCUACAGCCCCCGCCUCGAGCUGGAGUUCGUACUGGACGUGGACACCGAGCGCCGGCGCCGUGGCCAAGCCCCCCGGGGGUCGUUCCUGGGCCGUGGCCCCGCGGACCCCGAGCACCAGCUCUCUGGGACCCUGGAGCUGCCCCGGCAGCACAGCCGGGCCUGUGUCACCCCCACCUUCCAGCUGCACGACGGGAUCCGGGACAAGCUGCGGCCCAUCGUUGUCACCUUGGCCUAUGGGAUCCGGGGGCCUGGGGGGCACCGGGGGGGGCGGGGGGCUGUGCUGCCCCCCCUUUCCCCCGCGCUCAGCCCCCACCAGCCCAGCACCCACCGCGCCGAGGUGCAUUUCCUGCGCCAGGGCUGCGGGGAUGACAAGAUCUGCCAGAGCAACCUCCGGCUGCACUUCCAGUUCUGCGCCCGCCGCGGUGACAGCGAGUUCCUGCCCCUGCCCAGGGCCGAGGAUGGCACUGCCAUCUUCGCCAUGAGUGACCAGAAGGACGUGGCCCUGGAGGUCCUGGUGACCAACGAGCCGUCGGACCCGGCGGAGCCGCAGCGGGACGGGGACGAUGCCCACCAAGCCCAGCUCACGGCCACUCUGCCCCCGGAGCUGCCCUACGCGGCCCUGCGGCCCGACGAGGGCGGGGGGCUCGGGGACAAGCCCGUGCUGUGCCUCGCCAACCAGAACGGCUCCCAGGUGGAGUGUGAGCUGGGGAACCCCCUGAAACGCGGAGCGCAGGUGCGGUUCUUCCUCAUCCUCGGCACCUCGGGAAUAACCAUCCACACCUCGGACCUGGCGGUGGAGCUCGCGCUGUCCACGAUCAGCGAACAGCCGGGGCUGGAGCCGGUGGUCGCUCGUGCCCGGGUGGUCCUCGAGCUGCCCCUCUCCGUGACGGGAGUGGCCGUGCCCCCCCGGCUGUUUUUCGGGGGGGAGGUGCGGGGGGAGAGCGCCGUGCGCAGGGAGAGCCAGGUGGGCAGCGCCGUCAGCUUCGAGGUCACGGUGUCCCACAGGGGACAGGCGCUGAAGACUCUGGGCUCUGCCUUCCUCACCCUGCACUGGCCCCACGAGCUGCCCAACGGAAAGUGGCUCCUGUACCCCCUGAGCCUGGAACUAGGCACCCCCCCCGUGCCCUGCAGCCCCUCUGCCAACCCCCUGCGCCUCGCCCUGGAGCCACUGGGACAGGGUGACCCCCCCCAGGCAUCCCCCCCUCGGUCCUGGUGGGUCCCAGCGCCCUCAGAGAGGAGGAGGAACGUGACACUGGACUGUGCCCGGGGCACUGCCCGCUGCCGCCCGUUCCUGUGCCCACUGCCCACCCUGGAGCGCUCGGAGCUGCGGGCGCGGGGCCGCCUCUGGAACGGCACCUUCCUGGAGGAAUUCCUGGAUGUCUCCUCGCUGGAGCUGAUCGUCCGUGCCGAGGUUUCCGUCACCUCCCCCAGCAAGAACCUGGUGCUCAAGGAUGCGGCCACGCAGAUGUCGGUGUCCAUCCACCUGGACCCGGGGGUGGCGGUGGCGGGGGUCCCGUGGUGGGUGGUCCCGCUGGCGGUUCUGCUCGGGAUCCUCCUCCUGGCCCUGCUGGUCCUUGGGCUCUGGAAGGUGGGGUUUUUCCGCCGGGCCCGCCGGGCACCCCCGGCCGUGCCGCAGUACCACGCCGUGCGGAUCCCACGGGAGCAGCGGCGGCACCUCCUCGAGGGCAGGACGGGCACGAUCCAGAGGCAGGAAUGGGCCGCCAGCCCUGCCGAGCCCCCGGACGGACGCGGGACCCCCAGCUCCGCAUAGACCCCCCACUGUGAAAUGGGGGGUGGGCACGGGGGGCACGGACAUGGGGUAUGGGGUGUGGAACAUGGGAUAUGGGAUACAGAUAUGGGAUACAGGACAUGGGUAUAGGAUAUGGGAUAUGGGACAUGGACACAGACAUGGGAUAAGGGACAUGGACACAGGAU